AUGGUGUCUUCAGUCGGGGUGUUCUAUAAAAUAAAAGCCGUCGGCCCGGUUGCCAGCAUCCGCGUGUGCCGCGACGCUGUGACUCGCCGCUCGCUGGGCUACGCGUACGUGAAUUUCCACAACGUGGCCGACGCUGAGCGCGCCCUGGACACGAUGAACUUCACGAGCAUCAAGGGCGUUCCGUGCCGCAUCAUGUGGUCGCAGCGCGACCCGUCCCUGCGUAAGUCAGGCGUAGGCAACAUCUUCGUCAAGAACCUGGACACGUCUAUCGACAACAAGGCGCUGUACGACACGUUUUCGCUGUUUGGCAACAUUCUUAGCUGCAAGGUGGCUAUUGAACACACGACGGGCAACAGCAAGGGUUACGGAUACGUGCACUAUGAGACGGCCGAGGCGGCCACGGAGGCCAUUGCCAAGAUUAACGGCAUGCUAAUUGCUGGCACGGAGGUCUUUGUUGGCCACUUCCAGAAGCGUCAGGACCGCCCGGACGCCGACGACUGGACCAACUGCUACGUUAAGAACAUCCCUACUCAGUGGACGGACGCGGAUCUGCUGAAGGAGUUCGAGCCUUUUGGAAAGGUGCUCAGCGCUGUCGUCAUGAAGGACAACGCCAACCCGGACCACAACCGUGGCUUCGGCUUCGUGAACUAUGAGGAGUCAGACGCCGCCCACAAGGCCGUGGACGCUCUGAACGGCAAGUCGUACCCUGCUGGUGAGGGCUUGGACACCGAGAUGUAUGUCGGUAAGGCCCAGAAGCGCUCGGAGCGUGAGCGUGAGCUGCGCAACAAGUUCGAGCAGCUCAAGAUGGAGCGUAUUAACAAGUACCAGGGCGUCAACCUAUACGUCAAGAACUUGGACGACCAGCUGUCCGACGAUGAGCUCCGUGAGGCUUUCGCUGAGUGCGGCACUAUUACCUCGUCGCGUGUGAUGCGUGACCCCAAUGGAAACUCGCGUGGCUUCGGCUUCGUGUGCUUCUCGACCCCCGAGGAGGCCAACAAGGCUGUGGCCGAGAUGAACGGCAAGUUGAUCUCUGGAAAGCCUGUGUACGUGGCUCUUGCCCAGCGCAAGGAGGUGCGUCGUGCUCAGCUUGAGGCUCAGCACGCCCAGCAGCGCGCUGGUAUGGUUGUGGGCCGUGGUAUGCCUAUGGGCCAGCCGCCCAUGUACGGUGCUGCCCCCAUGUUCUACGGCCAGCCAGGCCAGCUCCCGCCUCAGGCUCGUCAGGGCUUCAUGUACCCGCAGCAGAUGAUGCCGCGUGGUGUCCAGCGUGGCCCCAUGCCAUACGGUGCUCGUGUGCCUGGCGCUCCGGCUCCGGGUGGCUACCCGAUGCCCUGGCUACGGCAUGCCCAUGCAGCAGCAGCGUGGCCAGCCGCGUCGUGGCCGUCAGGGCCCCGGCCCGCAGGGUCCCUCAGGGCGCUCCGGCCAACCGCCGCAACUUCAAGUACACGGCUAACGCCCGCAACCACCCCGGCCCGCGAUGUGCCGCCUCAGGGCGUGAUGCCGCCGGCCGCGCCCGUGCAGAACGCUGGCCCGGAGCCGCUGACGUCGGCCGCCCUGGCUGCCGCCUCGCCUGAGAUUCAGAAGAACAUGAUCGGUGAGCGUCUGUACCCGUUGAUCCACCGCCAGCAGCCUGAGCUGGCCGGCAAGAUCACGGGUAUGCUGCUGGAGAUGGACAACGGUGAGCUGCUGCACUUGCUGGAGAGCCCGGAGGCUCUGGAGGCCAAGAUCCAGGAGGCUAUGACCGUGCUGGAGGCCCACCAGGGCUAAGUCUUUCGGUUUUUCGCGGGCGUCUUGUGGUGUUCGUGUGUUUGGCCCAGGACGAAAUAUGGGUGAGGGCGGCAGCGGGGC